AUGAAGACCGCGUCGGUCAACAAGCCCGCUACAUCUCUCAUGCACUUGCAAGUUCCACAUCUGCUGCUUCAAGCGCCGGCCCGCGCUGCUGCGGCGGCGGCUGCGGCGAGCUUCGCGGCGAGCGCCCCAAGGGCGGCCCGCGGAGCCGCCGACUCGGGAGCGGACGGCAACUGGGACGGCCCCGCGGCCGGCGCCGCGGCGAGCGCUUCCGCGACGGAAGCGGCCCGCGGCGCCGCGAGCGCGGACACCGCUCCCGACGGCGCGGCGAGCGCCCCCAGGGCGAGGGCGGCCCGCAGCCGCGGCGCCGCGGACGCGGCUGCCGCCCCCGAGGGCGCGGGCGCGGCGAGCGCCCCCGGCGCUGCCAGGGCGGACCUCGGCCCCUCGGCCCCGCUGCUGGCGAGGGCGGCUCGGAGGGCUUCCUGCCCGCCCCGGAGAGCCGCGCCGAGGCGGCCUGGACGCCAGCCGCCGCAGCCACGGGCCGCGGCCGGCAGCGCUUGGCCCGGGAGGCCCCGCCGGGCUGCGGCUGGCGCAGGCGGCGCCGGGCGCCUGGGCGAGGAGGCGGCGGCCGGCGCCGGCGGCGCAGCGGCGGCGCGCGCCGCCACGCCGCCCGCGAACGCCUCCCCGCCGCGGGGGAGAGCGGCCGGCGCUGGCGCUGACACGGACUCCGCGGAGAGCGGCGACGAGGCCGCCCUCGAGCUCGCCUACGCGGAGCUGCGGGACGCGGCGCGCGCCCGCGUGCGCGAGGGAGGCUGGGCGAUGGCGCGGGAAGUAGCGUCAUUGCUGCAGGUCUCCCUGCGGGGCCUCAGCUUCCGCGAGGCCACGGCUCGGCUCGCGGAGGCGGCUGGGGCGCUCGCCAGGCACGAGCCGGCGGCCGCCGUUGCGCGCGGGCGCAUGCUGCAGGCUGCCGCCGCUGGGGCCGCGGCGGCCCCGCUGGCCGCUGGGCCAGCCGCGGCGGCCUAG